AUGACAGACAAAGGCGAUACCGCAGUCACAUACAGAGGACCCCUCAAAGAUGACACCACAAAAAGUAUAGGGUCAGGGACAGGAGAAAAUAAGCACCGCACAGAUGAAGAGAUAGCAAACGACCCCCUAGCAGCGCCAUUGAAGCGCCAGCUGAAGUCGAGACACUUGCAAAUGAUCGCGAUCGGAGGCAUCAUCGGACCCGGGUUACUGGUCAGUUCGGGCAAUGCGCUGCACGAGGGUGGGCCCGCAGGGGCUCUUAUCAGCUUUUCCCUUGUGGGCAUCAUCGUCUUCUUCGUCAUGCAAUCACUGGGAGAGAUGGCGACCUUGAUUCCUGUUACCGGUUCGUUCACUGAAUACGCAGAACGGUUUAUUGACGACUCGCUUGCAUUUGCGCUUGGUUGGGCAUACUGGUAUUUGUGGGUUACGGUCCUUGCAAACGAAUAUAACGCCAUCUCGCUAGUUAUUGGAUAUUGGACGGAUGCUGUGCCGCAAUGGGCUUGGAUUCUCAUCUUCUGGGUGAUGUUCCUUACGCUGUCCAAUCUUGGGAUUCUGGCAUACGGCGAAAUGGAGUUCUGGCUGUCUCUCAUCAAGGUUUUGGCGUUAAUCGUUUUCUUCAUUCUCGCAAUUUGCAUCAGCACAGGCGGAAUUGGGCCUCGCACUAUUGGUUUUACAUACUGGCAUGAUCCCGGGGCAUUUGCGGAUUCGAUCAAUGGCGUGGCGAAAACGUUUGUGGUUGCUGGAACACUAUAUGCUGGGACUGAGAUGGUUGGCAUCACUGCUGGAGAGUCUGCAAAUCCUGCAAAAGCAGUCCCGAAGGCAAUCAAGCAGGUGUUUUGGCGCAUCUUGAUUUUCUACGUCGGAACUAUAUUCUUUAUUGGAAUCCUCAUCCCAUGGAAUGACCACCGGCUUUUGGGAUCUACGUCCAAGACAGCCAGUUCUCCGUUGACGAUUUCAUUGCAAGAUGCCGGCAUUUUACCGGCUGCCCACCUCAUCAAUGCCCUCAUCGUGAUCAGUGUCAUUUCAGCUGGCAACAGCUCUCUAUAUGUGGCAUCGCGAACACUCCUGUUCAUGUCCCGCAAUGGAAAAGCACCGAGGUUUAUUGGUCGUACGAAUAAGCUGGGAGUUCCUUGGGCUGGCUUGAUAUUUACCAAUGUCUUUGCUUGCAUUGUAUUCUUGGGACAAUCAUCUAGUGCUGGCAAGGUUUACUCAGCCUUGAUUACACUUUCAGGAGUGGCUACUUUCAUCGUCUGGUCAGUGAUUGGGAUUGCACAUAUUCGCUUCCGCCAAGCUCUUGUUGUGCAAGGUCAAGACCCAUCAAGACUCCCAUACCAAGCGAUUUUCUACCCUUGGGGAACCUACAUUUCGUUGGCAGCAAAUGUCUUUCUGAUUUUUUUCCAAGGAUACACGUGUUUCCUGAACCCCUUCAGCUCGACCGAUUUUGUGAUCAACUAUAUCUUGCUACCGGUGUUUGUGUUAUUCGUCAUCACUUACAAGUUUUGGAACAAGACGAAACUGGUGCGACUGGAGGAUAUGGAUAUUUGGACGGGAAGGAGAGAGCUUGUUGAGUCCGAGGAGAUUGAGACUCUCAAGAAAACGAAGAGCUGGUGGGCUCGCAUUUAUUCUAUAGUUAUUGGGUAA